AUGGCUUCAUCUCGUGGGUGGCUUUAUAUCCAGGCCGUCUUUUGGCGGGUCCUGAUGCGCAUUGGAAUGCUCCUGCACGAUGUCGCUCCGCCGCGCGUUCCGAAACCUCGCUUUACCCGCACCGUCGAAUCCGAUUCUCACGGCCAUUCCAUCGUCAUUCAUUUCUAUUGCCCACCAGACUAUGAAGAAAAACGCCGAAAUGGCCACCGAUUCCCAGUUGCGGUCAAUUUCCAUGGCGGAGGAUUUACUCUUGGAUGCGCUACCGAUGAUUCGCGUUGGGCUGCGGCCAUCGUACAAGAAGUCGGGGCGGUCGUGGCCAGUGUGAGUUAUCGACGGGCCCCAGAACACCCAUUCCCGGCGGCAGUCGACGACGGAGUCGACGCAUUACUAUACUUAGCCACCCAUGCCCCCGAUCUGGGCUUAGAUGUGAGCCGCGUGGCCCUUAGCGGCUUCUCGGCAGGCGGCAACCUAGCCGUUACAGUGCCGCUGCGACUCCGCGAGCGUCUUUCAACGGAGAUUAAGGAACCCUUUGGCCGGGCAGAAUCGACCCAACGAUUGGUAGAUCAAACGAAUGAGCUCAAUAUCGUGGCCCUGUUCAGCUGGUACCCUAUUCUGGAUUUCAUGGAGUCCCGUGACCAUCGCCGAAUGAUGAGUCUCAUGCCGGACAAGACUCUCCCGUCUUUUUUCACCAAUCUGUUUGAUGCAUCGUAUAUCCCCAAUCUAGAAGAUCUGGCCUCCCCAUUUGCAUCACCCGUACGCGCCUCCGACCAAAUGCUGGACGAAGCCUUGCCGCACGACGUUUUUCUGUAUAUUUGUGAAUGGGAUAUGCUCAUGAAAGAGGGCCAGGUCUUCGUCCGUCGCUUAGAGGGUCUUGGGAAGCGUGUUCGUGCGAUGAUGAUUGAGAAGGCCCGACACGCUUGGGAUAAAUCGGCCAACCCAUUCCGCGAUCAGGUCAGCGUAGACGUACUGUAUCAUGAUGCAUGCGCUGACAUGAAAGCCAUUUUUGAUCGGUGA